GCUCGCUGGCAUCCAUCCACCCGGUCACCCGGUCCUCGCAUGCCACCACCUCAUCCUCCAUCCUCCCACGUCGCAUCCUCCUCCCCUCCAUCUACACUCCUUUUCUGCUCUUGCUCUUAAUCACCCAUUACCAUGGCCGAGCAGCAGUACGCAUACGACAACUCCCCCGCCCCCGACCACCACGUCGACCAGGUCGCCUACCCCGACCCCGGCCUCUCCCCUGCCCCCCUCAACGGCCAUGUCUCCCCUGCCCCCGCCUCCACAAACGGCGACGCUGCCCCCUCCAACGGCGCUGCCGCAGGCCUCAACGUGAUCCGCAAGACGCUUGCUUCAUGGGUCGGCUUCUCAAACCUCCCCAACCAGGUCCACCGUCGCAGCGUCAGGCGCGGCUUCCAGUUUGUUGCCAUGGUCGUCGGCGAGUCGGGUCUCGGCAAGUCGACUCUCAUCAACACCCUCUUCGAGGACACCCUUUACCAGCCCAAGGUCAUCCCCGAGCCCGGAGCCGACCGCGGCAGGACGGUCCAGAUCGAGAGCAUCAAUGCCGAGAUCGAGGAGAACGGUGUCCGCCUCAAGCUGACCGUCGUCGACACCCCCGGCUUUGGUGACUUUGUCAACAACGAGGAGUGCUGGAAGCCCAUUCUCGAGAACAUUGAGGCGCGCUACGAUGCCUACCUGGAGCAGGAGAACCGCGUCAACCGGCUCAAGAUGACUGACAACCGUGUGCACGCCUGCAUCUACUUCAUCCAGCCCACGGGCCACGCUCUCAAGCCUAUUGACAUCGAGUUCAUGAAGCAGCUCCACAACAAGGUCAACCUCAUCCCCGUCAUCGCCAAGGCCGACACACUCACCGAGGAGGAAGUCGACCUCUUCAAGCGCCGUAUCCUCGCCGACAUCGAGUACCACGGCAUCAACAUUUUCCAGCCACCCUCGUACGAGCGUGAUGACGACGAGACUAUCCAGGAGAACCACGAGAUCAUCUCCAAGAUUCCCUUUGCCGUUGUCGGCUCCGACCACAUUGUCCCCUCCCCCGAUGGCCGCCAAGUCCGCGGCCGCGAGUACCCGUGGGGUGUCAUCGAAGUCGACAACGAGCAGCACUGCGACUUUGUCAAGCUGCGCCAGAUGCUUGUUCGCACCCAUAUGGAGGAGCUCCGUGAGCACACCAACGACAUCUUGUACGAGCGGUACCGCACGGAGAAGCUCCAGGCCAUGGGCGUUGCCCAGGACGAGAGCGUCUUCAAGGAGACCAACCCCGCUGCCAAGCAGGCCGAGGAGCGUGCGAUGCACGAGGCCAAGCUGAAGAAGAUGGAAAUGGAGAUGAAGAUGGUGUUCCAGCAGAAGGUGCAGGAGAAGGAACAGAAGCUCAAGCAGUCCGAGGAGGAACUCUAUGCUCGCCACCGCGAGAUGAAGGAGGCACUCGAGAAGCAGCGUCUCGAGCUCGAGGACAAGAAGCGGCGUAUCGAGAGCGGCCGUCCGCUUACGCCCGAGAAGGGCUCGAAAAAGCGGUUCGGCCUCGGCAAGUAAACUUGCCAUUCACCGCAUCGUCUCUCGCGUACGCCCCGUCUAUGUGUUUCCUCCUCGCUAUUCUUGCCUGUGCACUAGCCAGGUCAUUCCCUCCCCAUCUGCACACGAUACCCCGGGCCUUUGCGACCAACCCCUUCGCACCUAACGACCCUUACUCUAUUACCUACGAACUUGCCCAGCUUGCUGGUCGAAAUGCACAUAACGUGAUGAUGGAUUGUUUGUGUGGGAUUGAGGUGGGAGUAGUAGAGGGAGAUGGCAAGUUGAUGACUUCAGUUGGAUGUAUGAGUUUGUGGAGUGGAG